AUGAGAGCACUUCCUGCUACCAGUUCAUCUCAGGACAGACCUGGAAGGAAAAAGUUCAAGGCAGUCUUUGGCCACUGGCACAUAUACAAUGAGCAGUUGAUUGUUGCUCCAUGUAGUAUGAUUAUUGCUCAAAAGACCUUCUUUGGAGUGAAGAAAGUAGCCAGUGUUAAGGACAUUAUGAGUGGUGAAUCCAGUUUACAAUGGAGACAAUGUAUAAUGAAAAUGAUUGAGCCAAAAGAAUCAUAUACACUGGAGAUCCAGUCAAAUCUAUCAGCCAGCAAAUCUCAUAAUCUCAAGCCUAUUGUCUAG